AGAGGUGCGCCGCGUCCAGCGGAUGCUCUCCUCCCGCCAGGCGGAGCGGCGCGCUCCCGGUCCGGAGGAGUCCCGCAGGUCCGGCUCCGUCCGCCGGCCCCCGGAGGAGCCGGCUCCGCUCCACCGCGCCGGCUCCGCGCGGCUCCCGGCCGGCUACGAGGCCCAGUAUGACGAACAGAGUCUGAUGAACCCUCCGCUGGACCGGCACGCGCCGCCGCCGCCAGCGCCACCCAGCGGCCAGUACCACCAGCAGGCCGACAGGCGGCAGCACCAGUCCAACGGCGUGGUCCGCCCGGGUCCUGGCGUCCAGACGGCCUCACCUCCGGACUCUGGCGGCGCGGGUCGGCAGCAGCGACCCGGCAGCCGACGCGGACUCCCCAAGAGCGUGUCGGGUCCGCUGUCUGGCGACUACGACUCGUUGUACGACUCUCCGUAUGACGCAGUUUACGACCGCCCGAAUGGGUACGACCCGCCGCCGUAUGUUCCGCCAGCUCCACCUCCGGCCGGAGCAGACCAGUGGCGCGGAGCCGACUGGCCCGGUCGCGCCGGUGGGGCCGCCUAUCCGCCCAGCCGACACGACUGGAACCGUGACGGGCGCGGAGGCUCGGCCCGACACCGCGCUGGGAGUCAGCAGGAUGUCCGCUCAGCGCUGGGCGCCAGUCAGCAGGACAUGCGAUCAGCGCUAACGGCUAGUCAGCAGGACAUGCGGUCAGCGCUGACGGCCAGCCAGCAGGACAUGCGCUCAGCACUCGCCGCUAGCUACCAAGCCUACCGUCGUGCAUCUGGUGCAUUAGCUGAUGGAGGGGACAGCGAACGUCGUCUGCAGGCGGUCCUCCGCCAGUACCGCAGCCAGCAAGACCUGGGUUCCGCGGGAGAUUCAGCAGGUCGAUACGGUCCCUACCGCCACGCCCGGGGCCUAUCAUACGGCCAGGAGAUGGCCGGGGCGUACUACCAGGAACGGGGCGGAAGGCACGGUUACGUCCCCGAGCACCGGAGGAGCUAUUCGCACCUUCACGAAAGAGAAGUACCCGCGUACGAGCGUCGUCAGUCGGUGCAUCACUUCGGCGAAUCUUGCGAGAUGGAAAGGAGUCUGCCUCGUACCCACGAGCCGCGCGAGAGGGAGCGAAGCCUCCCGCGGAGCUACGAGCCCAGAGAGCGAGACCAGAGCCUCCCGCGGGAUUACCACCAUCGCGAACCGGAUCAUAGCCUGCCACGAAACUACGAGCACCAUCACAGUCUGCCGCAAGGAUACAAUCACGAGGACCAUCACCAGGGUCAACCGCGGCCCCACGAUCCUUCCUUCCAGUCUGGCAGGUCACAGGAGCCUAAUUACCAGUCAAUUCGACCCCACGAGCCUCCCCAACAAUACACCCGACCUCCCGAACAUCAACAGUACGCCCGACCACCGGAGCCCUCGCAGCAGUACUCCAGGCCACCUGAAGCUUCGCAACAGUACACCCGACCACCCGAGCCCUCCCAGCCGUAUGCACGGCCUCACGAUCCCGUGGCAGAAGCAGUGGUGACCCAGCCGAGUCCGCUGCGCCCCCUCGGUGACCCGAACGGCCGGCACCCGCCGGAGCCGUCCGAUGUCGGCGGUGGACCGCUGCUUCACCGUCAGGGCGGCGCCUUCCAACCGUACCAGGCCGAUCACGGACCGGGCAGGGGUGGUGGACAGGAUCGGUGGCGCCAGAACGGUGGGCAGGACGAGCCAGUGUAUGCGGCAGUGAGAAAGGGACCGUCUCGCGGUGCAGGAGAGACGCUACAGGACAGGUCACAGCAGCAGCAGCAGAUGCAACAGGAACACCAACAGCAACAGCAUCAGCAACAGCAUCAGCAUCAGCAUCAGCAUCAGCAUCAGCAGGAAAAAGACUAUUACGAUCACCAACAGAUGCAGCAAGUUGCACAAAGGCAUCAGCAGAUACAACAGGGCCAGCAUAAUAGCCACUACUAUCAGCAGCAGCAGCAGGAGCAACAGCAAUAUCAGCAUCAGCAGAAUCACUCUCAACAGCAAAAUAGUCACCACCAAAACCAUUACAAUCAGCACCCUCAUCAGCAGCAGCAUUUACCUGUAGACGGUUCUCCGUACCACCGUCCAGAUGGGGAAGCUCCUUCGAACCGACCUCGCUCCCCUGUCCCUCCUGGCGACCGUCAGGCAGCCGAAGAACACUGGAGGACCAAGGGACCAUCGGGACCGAACGGUCCGCACGGCAACGGGUCCGUCCACGGACCGCAAUAUUUCCCGGUUCAGCAAAACGGUCAGCAGUCAACCAAUGAGUCUCAGAACCGAAGCCCGCCCUCUGGUAACGUUCAGACCAGCAGCUUCCAAGGCAACGGCAGUGAUCCGGCGAAUCAGCGCUCGCCGCAGCAGCCAACGCCGCAGUCAACACAGGUGUCCACAUCGGAAACGGCCGAACAGCUUGAGGAGACACCAGAGCUCACCGCUCGUCCGGCUCCCACCGGAGCGGAAUCUCAGCAGUCUACCGGGGGACGAACUACACAGGAAGAGACCAGCGCUGCGGGUACUGCCACAGAGGCUGCCACAGAUGGCGCCACAGAGCCGUCCGGGGUGGACACGCGCAGUGUUGGUACUGUGGGACAGCGGGUGGCGGUCUGGGAGAGCAAGGGACCCGCUCCCCCAGCACCGUCCGGGCAGAGCAAUGGGAACGGCAGCAGCACUGGGCAGCAGAGACAACAGACGGGCGGAGCGCAGGAGAGGCCCGAGGAAGACCAGGCUGAGGAGUACCAGACGCAGGAGGCCAUGGGACCGCUCUACGCUCUGUUGGCUCGGGACAGGGGCUCGCUAGAGGUGAAGACCGUUCGCACCGUGAAGCGGGAGUCCCAGCAACGACAGCGGGAGAAGGGUCGCCAGGCGUCGCUCGAGAACGUACCCUCGGGCGGUGAGGUUCCGUCUGACGGAGAGGAGGAGGAUCCACUGGUCACGGAUCCGGUGCUCUCCCAGUUCCAGCGUGCCCUGUCACUGCCGCGAGGCUAUGGAGGCCGGCGGGCGAGUGAGCAGGACAACUCACAGCAGCGGCACCAUAUGCUCAAACGGCUGGUGGAUCAGCGACGUCCUGCCGAGCGGCGACCCUCCGCCUACGAGCGGCUCUUCGGGUCCACUCCGGAGCUGCGGGCGGCAGCGGGGCCGGCGGGGGCGGCGGCGGAACGACAGGACCUGUCGCUGAGGCGGGUCCCGCGACGUCAUCACACACUCUCCGUGGGCAGCAGGCUGGCUGUUCGGAGACUCUCUGAUGCUGCCGCCGCGCACGGUGCGUCUGCGGAGGAGCUUCCCACCGAGCCGCGACCUCCUCUGAGACAAGCUUCGAGUACACCGGACAUCGUCCGAGCAUCUCGACCCGGCCUGGCCACCAAGUAUGACGAGGACACCAUCGACAAGCUGCUGGCCCGGCCGCAGAAGAUCCGUAUCCCAGAGAGAUACGUACCCGAACUGGAGGUGGAGCCGAUGUCCGUUGAGGAGCGGCUGCAGCGGAGUAGGAAGGCCGCCUCCAUCAGGAAGAUGCUGACCCAGAGUACCGGCUUCCUGGACACCAUUGGAUCGCAGACAGGUGAAAAAGAGCCGCGGGUGAGGCCGGGAGUAGCGGCCACGGACAAGUUGCAGAGGGCCCACCUGCUGCAACUGAAUGAGAUCCUGGCGAGACAGGUCACUGAGCAGAGCAAGCGAGUCGCAGCGGCCAACAGUUCACCGGAGUGAAUGCACCGUCACCCAGCAAGCAAGUGACAUUCAAAGAUACACUGCCGUUCAAAGUGGAGGCUAUAGCCAACAUGGAGGCACCAGCGCCGGAGACCGCGGCCGAGUCCCCGCCCCCGGAGCCACUACCUGUUGUGCAGCAGAGGGAGAGCUGUCUGACCUGAGGUCAGGUCAGGUCACCGGUCUUUAAAGAGUGUAUCAGCUAGAGUGCUGUCUGGUGGGUGGCCAGUGCGCCGUGACCGUAGAGUUAUUUGAAGUGAAGAAGGAUGUGCAUUGUGCAUGACACAAGUUGUCUACUGGGACCCGAUUCAGACAUUGCUUACGAAAUAAUGAACAGAGUUGAUUUGUAUUGACUUUGUGACGUGGUUCAGUGUUGCACCCGUUAGACGUUUAAUUAAGGAGCCAACUUUAUCAGGCAGGCAGCCAGCGACAUCGUUCUGUAUCAGGAAACAGUCUAGGGUACACGCUGGCCCCCUAGCUAGACGCUCAUGCGUGUUUAACAUUGUCAUGGGAUGAAUUAGUCCAUGUGAAGCAAGCACCGUUGACUUCGUGACAUAUCUUAUCGAUGUCAUGAACCGCCGUUUAGAAGGAACCUUUGUCGUCACAUCUAGGAAUAGAUAUAUUUCUGUAGGUGGUGUACAUAUACCUAUGUAUGUGUUGUUUCUUUCCGCUUUGUUUACAUAUCGCAGCAGUACGAAACCAGACAUAUCGAUCGUUAAAUGCUAUUGUUGCGCCGUUAGAUGGACGGAAUAGCUUAAUGUGUGUUGUCCAAUGCGUUGUGAGCAGUGUAGGGAAUGACAUAAUCGAACAUAAUCGAAACCAAUACAUAUCUUAGACGUAUCCACGCGACUACUUAGCGUUACCAGUUUGCUGCUAGGAUCUGAAUUCAAUGUCAUUUGCAUUUGUUGUCUGUUACUAGGAUAAAUGUUUUAUACCUGUUGCUGUCGGGCCUCUACCUGCCAUUGGCUUGACCCGUGCUUGUGAACCGACUUGGUGUAUGUGCGUAAUUCGGCAUAUAGCACUUGUAAGUGAUAUAACGCAAUAUCUUCGAUGUGGCUUGAGUUGAAACUUGUCGACACCAAAUAUUGAGUUUUAUUGCGCUAUGAAAUAUACCUUUCAAGAAUCGUGAAA